CUUUCAAUCGCGUCUGUUGUCUUCACUGAGGCUGUUCACGCCGGAUGUGAAGCUGCACGUGCCACCACGCCUGCGAUGCUGCUGGCUCCGCUUCAACGAUUUAUUCUCGGCAUAGCAACCAUAGCACAGCUCACGCAUGCGCAGUAAACCAUUUUGGGGGGAGCCCUGACACUGAGUAGUUGCCAUCAGUUUGCAACGCGCUUAUGCAGGUGGGUGAGGUUCCGUCGGGCGAGGCAAUUUCAAGGACAGGCUCCCCCUCCCCGGCAGCCAUGGAACAGCUGAUACUGGAGGUCCGGAAAUACCCGUGCCUGUACAACACGGCCCUGGAAGGCUACAGGGACAUGUACUGGAAGGACAGCUGCUGGGAGGAGAUCGCCAAGAACCUUGGCUGGGAAUCUAAAGACAUCAAACGUGAGUGGAAGAAGCUGCGAGACUGCUUCCGUCAGGCCCUGGCCCGCAGGAAGGCGAACGGUCUGGCGGCCAAGAAUCGCAAAGGCUGGCGCUAUGAGAAGCAAAUGGAGUUUCUAAUUCCAUUUAUGAGCUCAAAAGACACAACCAUCGAGGACAUACAAGAUGAUGGUGUUGAAGACGAAACGACUAUACACAUAAAAACUGAAGUGCAUGACCCAUUGUCUGAAGAAGGUAACGCACCUACACACUUACAAACUGACCUACAAGACCCGUUGUCUGCUGCUUCCUUCACCUCUAACGAAGAUGAUGAAUGGCGAACUCCGAAAGUUAAACGCAAGUUGUCUCCCCCCAUUGAUGUGGGCAAGGUCGUCAUUUACAUGCAGGAGAAAGAAGAAGGCGCUCCACAGAAAGAUGACUUAGACCACUUCUUCAUCAGUUUAUGCAAGUCAACGAGGAAACUGUCUCGCAGGAUGCAAAACAAGGUGAAGAAAGACUUCCUAGAAAUCAUGAUGCAGGCAGAAGAGGAAGACAUGGAAAUGGCUCCGUAAGAUUCCCAGCACCUUGCACACCAUCACCAGCACAGUACAACCUCCAUCCCUACACACUACCUUACACAUCUUCCCCAGCACAGUGCACGCCCUCCACUGCAUCUCAAACAACCGCAGCAAUACUUGAGUAACAUGGAUAUACAUUGUAACCUGUAAAAUCUUAUGAAUAAAUAUUCUUAAUUACAAGUACA